AUGGAGAAGCUCAAGGACCCCGAGAUAGGGGAAACAUCGAACGAGCCCUCGGAGAAUCUCAACCAACCGCAAGACACAAAUGCCAACCCCGAGGAUGAGCUGCUGGUAGACUGGGAUGGACCAGACGAUCCCAACUGUCCAUUCAACUGGUCCCUCCCCAAGCGAUGGGCUAUCACAUUGCUCUGCUCCAUGGGAGGAAUGGUAACCCUGAUGAGUGCAUCCAUGCUCGCACCAGCCCUAGGCGACAUCGCCGCAGACUUGAACAUCAGCCACAGCGAAGCCAACAUGGUAGUUUCGAUCUUCGUGCUUGCAUUCGCCUUUGGCCCGAUGGCGCUGGCUCCCCUGGCUGAAGUGUUCGGUCGCCGAUGGGUGUGGAUUCUAUCAUCUGCCUGGUAUGUCCUGUGGAAUACCGUCUGCGGGUUCUCUCGCACCAAGGGUCUUUUACUGGCUGGUCGCAUCUUGAGUGGCCUGGGAGGCAGUGUGGUGUUUGCAACUGGGACUCCGGUUCUGGCGGACUGCUGGCGUGCUGAGCAGCGUGGCCAGUCGUUUGCAAUUGGGACGUUUGUGCCGUUGUUGGGACCGGCCGUAGGCCCUAUACUCGGCGGCGUCAUUACAGAGAGGAUUGGAUGGCGGUGGCUCUUUUGGGUUCUCUCCAUUUUUGACGCUGCUCUCAUUAUCUAUGGGUAUUUCUUCUUUCCAGAGACAUAUCGGCGUCUGCUCCUCCAUCGAAAGGCCGUCAAACUGCAGAAGGAGACGGGCAGGUCUUUCCACAUCAAGUCAGACAUCCACAGCCAACCUCUAUCCAAGAAGCUCUGCUAUAGCAUUGCGCGCCCGUGCUGGAUGUUGGCUACUCAACCGACUAUCCAGAUCAUGGCCAUAUUUCUCGCCUACAACUACGGCGUCCUGUUCCUGGUCCUCACCAGCUUCGCCUCUCUCUGGACAGAUAAAUACCAUCAAUCAGUACAAGCGAGUGGCAUCCACUACGUCGCCAUCGUAAUCGGCUACACAAUCGCCUCUCAAGGGGGUGGUCACACCACCGACUGGCUGUGGAAGUACCUAACACACAAACGCGGAGAAACCGCACCGGAAUACCGAAUCAUAUUAAUGGCGCCGGGGACAAUUCUCCUUAUAGCCGGUGUUUUCUGGUGCGGGUGGGCAGCGGAGGCAAUGGCGCCGUGGAUUGUGGUUGACAUCGGGGCAGCGGUGUUUGGCUGUGGGGUUAUUUUAAGUACGCAGGCGAUGCAGCAGUAUGUGAUUGAAUCGUACAAGGAGUAUGUUGCGUCGGCGAAUGCAUCGAGCCAGUUCCUGAGGAGUAUCUUUGGGUUUUGUUUUCCGAUUUUUGCGCCUGCGCUGUAUGCCCGGCUUGGGUAUGGAUGGGGGAACAGCACGUUGGCGUUUAUCAUGAUUGGGUUUGGUUUGCCGGGGCCUUUUAUUAUUUGGAGAUUUGGUGCGAGGCUCAGAGAGAAGGGGAAGAAAAGGGCGGAGGGGAAGACAUUCCUGGCUUGA